CGCCCGGCGCAUGCGCCUCGCCCCCUCCGGCGCGGGGAGGGGGAUGCGGACGGGGGAAGAUGGCGGCCUCGAACAACCCGCGGAAAUUCAGCGAGAAGAUCGCGCUGCACAACCAGAAACAGGCGGAGGAGACGGCGGCCUUCGAGGAGGUUAUGAAGGACCUGAGCCUGACCCGCGCCCACCGGUUACAGCUGCAGAAAACCCAAUAUUUGCAACUGGGACAGAGUCGUGGCCAGUACUAUGGUGGGUCACUGCCAAAUGUGAAUCAGAUUGGAAACAGUGCCAUGGAUCUCCCCUUUCAGCACAACGGAGCUCUGGCAGAAGCCUUUGGAGCAGUUCCUGUCUCUUUGACUCCUUUUCAGUCAUCGGGGUUGGACACAAGCAGGACAACUCGGCAUCAUGGUCUGGUGGACAGAGUGUAUCGUGACAGAAAUCGUCUCGGCUCCCCGCAUCGACGCCCUCUCUCUGUGGAUAAACAUGGAAGACAAGUGGACAGCUGUCCGUAUGGCACUGUGUAUCUGUCACCUCCCUCAGACACAAGCUGGAGAAGGACAAAUUCGGAUUCUGCCUUGCACCAGAGUACUAUGACUCCAGCUCAACAAGAAUCCUUUUCAGGAGGGUCACAGGAUAUGCAGCAGAAGAGAGUUUUAUUACUGACUGUCCCUGGAAUGGAGGAAACCACCUCUGAGGCAGACAAAACCCUCUCUAAGCAAGGAUGGGACACUAAAAAGACUGGGUCAUCAAGACCUAAAUCAUGUGAAGUUCCAGGAAUCAACAUCUUUCCAUCAGCUGACCAGGAAAACACUACAACACUGAUUCCUGCUACGCAUAACACGGGUGGCUCCCUGCCAGACCUGACAAACAUCCAUUUCCCCUCCCCUCUUCCAACACCGUUAGAUCCUGAGGAAUCCACAUUCCCAGCCCUGAGUAGCUCCAAUAGUACUGGAAAUCUUGCUGCCAAUCUGACUCACUUGGGCAUCAGCACUGCCAAUCAGGGAAUGACAACGACGCCAGCCCCUUCCCAGCAGCACCGCCAGCCAGCCGUCAGCCCUCUCUCCUUGAGUGCAGACUCAAGACGACCACAGUCACAGCAGAUGUCUCCUACGCUUUCCCCUUUGUCACCGAUUACUCAGGCCGUGGCUAUGGAUGCAUUGUCUCUGGAGCAGCAGCUUCCUCCAUAUCCAUUUUUCACCCAGACAACUUCCCAACAGCAGCAGCAGACGCAGGUGGCAAGUACCCUGCCUCAGAAUACUCCUUUAAUGCAGACCUCUGGUUUACAGCGAGGAACACAGCUCCCCCCACUCUCUGUCACGGUACCUUCUACCAUCCCACAGUCACCUCCUGGUAGCCAGACCCAACCAUCAAUGGGAAUAGACAUCAACUCGGCUUCACUCCAGCAGUACCGCAGUAAUGCUGGAUCCCCAGCCAACCAGUCUCCCACCUCUCCUGUCUCCAAUCAAGGCUUCUCUCCUGGCAGCUCCCCUCAACAUUCUUCCAUUCUGGGGAGUGUAUUUGGUGACUCCUAUUAUGAUCAGCAGAUGACAGCUAGGCAGGCUAAUGCCCUAUCCCAUCAGCUUGAACAGUUUAAUAUGAUAGAAAACGCCAUUAGUUCCAACAGCCUGUACAGCCCUUGUUCCACCCUUAACUACUCCCAGGCAGCCAUGAUGGGACUUACCGGCAGUCAUGGCAGCUUGCAGGACUCGCAGCAGCUGAAUUACUCCAGCCAUGGAAACAUCCCCAACAUCAUUCUUACAGUGACAGGAGAAUCUCCUCCCAGCUUAUCAAAAGAACUGACCAGCUCUUUGGCAGGAGUGGGAGACGUCAGCUUUGAUACGGAUUCCCAGUUCCCUCUGGAUGAACUCAAAAUUGACCCUUUAACCUUGGAUGGACUGCACAUGCUGAAUGACCCAGACAUGGUCCUCACCGACCCCGCCACAGAGGACACGUUCAGGAUGGACCGGCUGUGAAGUGCGGACGCCAGGAGCGUGGGAAUGACGCUUGUUCCUGGAGCCCAGCCGAACUAGAGAGUCCAGUGGGUCAGUCGUGUCAGAACAGGAGCUGCCGAGAGCAGUAGCUCUGUCCUGUACAACAUGUACAAUGAGUAAAGCUUGUCGUUCUAAGCUUGCAGCGCUGCAGACCCCUACUCCCUGUCGCGCCGUAUUUCACCCCUUAUCCGCUCAUUGCCAUUAAUGAGUAAGGAGUUUCCAUCAGCCUUUUCCUCUCCAGAGCCCCCCCCUUUCCCCCCACCAAGGCUCCAGCGUUAAGUUGUCAGUUUAUCCUUUUGCACUAGAAAAGGGGUGGUUUUGGGCAGGCGAGGAAGGUUCAGAGCCAAGGGCAAAGAGAUUCUGUCGAACGAACCACGCCGGUGGCUGCUGUUGGAGAUGGGGAGGGGGACGCGCCGACGGCACCCCCCCCUCCCUCCCCCCGAUUCGAAAGCAAAUCUCUGCAUUGGCACCUCUGGGAGGGGCUGGGGGAGCUUCGGCGGUUUUGACUCUGCUUUGUGACACCUGCUUCGUAGAGUAAAACGCUGCUUCUUCCCUUCUCGCUGCGCCAUGUUUGUUUGCAGGUUUGUCUCCUUGACUGUUGUCCUGCACCCGCUGCCUCUUCUCGUGCCCCGAGCAAACUCGCCCGCUUGGCAAAGCGGCAAAGCAGCCUGGCAGCCCGAUGGCCUUUGUAGCCGGCCAGUCAUGAAAGGCGACUGUAAACACUAGUUUCAAAGCUUUUUUUUUUUUUUUUAAAUAUAUAUGUAAUAUAUAUAUUUAUAUAUAUGUAUACAUAUAUAUAGCAUUUCUGAGCACACAAAAAAGUACUAUAAUUCAUUACUUGAUUAGCACGGAGGAAGGAUCGGAACAUUUUAAAGCAGCUAGAAGAAUAUAGGAGACUAAUGUGCAGAGCAUAUUUCUAAUUUUACUUUGUGAGAGAUUCCUGGGCAACAGGAAGGGCAUUUCUAUAGCAAUGCCUGGCUCAAGUCACGAUGACUAUUUUUUAUUUUUUAUUCUUAUUCAUUACUUAUUCUGUUACCAUUAUUUAUGAUCUUUUUGGUUUUUUAUUUAAGUAUUUGGAUAUUAGGAAAGUAGCUAAACUACAUACAGCCAAUUGAAGCACUCUACAUAAUACUUGUACAGUACAUUUUUUUGUGUUUUUAUUCCAGAAAUAUAUUAUAUAUAUUAUAUAUAUAGGUAUUUUUAACUAACUGGAAUUUUAAACAGAUGUUGAGCAGAAGGAAGCCUAAGGCAAGUCUAGAUGUUUUCCUUUUAUAUAGUCAAAAUAGGGUGGCAGGAACUUAGAUAUUCCUUCUUUCACCCUGGGGAAAAAAUAGCUUGCUCCACAGCAAACAGUACUGUAUCCUCGAACAGGUUGAGAUUCUGUUAAAUUUAUAAUAGACUAUUUCUGUUAGUCCUUGUUAAUAUUCUGUGCUGCGGUAUAACGGACCGGUGAACAACACUUUAUCAAUGGAAGAUUAAAAACAAAACAAAA